AUGGCACCAGAUCGCGUCGCCAAUGCCCUUGACAACCUGAUAACCCAAAUCGUCCCCUCCAGAGGCCCAAACGAAGGCCAGGACUCUUGGCAAGCCCGGUAUAACUUGAGCCAUGAGCUUGUCAGAGCCAUAAUAAACAGCCCGCCUGAUCCUGACAUCUUGUCAGACGUUGAUCGGGCAGCCGACUCCAUCAAACGAAAGCUCAUCCAGAGUAAUCCUUCCCAUGCGCUCAGAUUCUCCGACCUCUAUUCUAGGCUGCUGGCAGUCCCCGUCCUCAAGUCAAAAUGGGCAAUCCUAUACCUCCUAUACGCUCUGGCCGACUCCCCUGAUCCGAAAGCGCCUCCGCCGCCGCUCAGCAUAAUCCAGCCCUCUUCUUCCAACUAUCGUGAGGCUGUUGCCCGGGAUGCAGUUAAGAAGCGUGCUAGGGCUCGCUCAAAAUCAAUCCCUCUUACAAGAAUAGAAGAUGACCCAAUGGGAGAAGCUAAAAUCGAACCUUCAGAAACGGCCAUCCUUCGAGACCUUCCAUUCACACUCCAAGGUGUAUCCUCCACGACUCUCCCUUUCACGAGAGAAGAUAUGUUGAAGCUCCCUCCUUCACUUCCUCUACCACUAGUUUCUAUUUUACACACCCUUGCCGAGCCCUCGCUGCUCUAUCGACGCCUGGAUGCUUUCUGUCAAACCCCUGCCAACGGUCUUUUGGCUCAAAGCUUGCGAUCGGCGAUAAGCAACGAACUACGCUCAUAUCUAACGUUAGUUGCGACUCUGGAGGGCCAGAUUCGGAAAGCUUUAUCUCUUUUGGACGAGAAUGCGCCCAGAGGGGGUAUUGGGAACACCGGUGUCACAUUGAAGAGAUGCGUGGUGUGGACACGAGAGGCAACAAUGGGACUGAGGCUCUUGUCCCUGAUUGCUGAAGAGUCAGAGAACAAAAAAGGUGGUCAGAUUAUCACUCUGAUACACAACUUUGCUUCGUCCAAUGGAGAUCCCGUUGUUGCUGCAUUCGCAGAACGGCUGUUGGGUAGCUUCACCCGGCCUUGGUAUGGCAUUCUUCGCCACUGGAUCUAUGACGGAGAGUUAUCGGACCCAUCCCUCGAAUUCUUCGUUAGAGAGCAAACCGACAAUGAGGAUACUUUACGCAUCAAGGGCAACGUUUGGGAAGAUAAAUACGAGAUAGCCCAGGAUAUGGUUCCCAGCAUCAUUUCACAAGAGUUUGCUCAAAAGAUAUUCCUUAUUGGGAAAUCGUUGAACUUUAUCCGGCACAGCUGCAGCGAUUCAUUAUGGGUGGAAGAUUACUCCAAAGCUGCUUCAAAAGAACUGAGAUAUGGCGAUACCGCAACAGUUGAAGUAUGGAUUGACGAGGCGUACAAGACAACAAUGAAACGUUUGAUGGACUUGAUGGAGACCAAGUUCCGCCUCUUUGUCCAUCUUCAGGCCUUGAAGGACUAUAUCCUGUUAGGGCAGGGCGACUUUAUCGCACUGCUCAUGGAAUCUCUCGCGGCGAAUUUGGAUCGCCCUUCGGGUUCUCAAUAUCGGCAUACACUCACGGCCCAGCUGGAGCAUGCAAUUCGCGGCUCAAACGCUCAGUACGACUCUCCAGAAGUGCUCCGGCGAUUAGAUGCUCGAAUGCUCCAGCUAUCGCAUGGCGACAUUGGCUGGGAUUGCUUCACUCUAGAAUACAAGAUCGACGCUCCCGUAGAUGUCGUCGUUACCGAAUGGGGUAACCGGCAGUACCUCAAAGUCUUCAAUUUCCUAUGGCGAAUCAAGCGGGUGGAAUUUGUACUCUUAUCGACAUGGCGGGAGUGUAUGACGGGAUCCAGAAGAGUGCUGCAGAGCCCUAAUCCUGCGGUAGUCCAGACGUGGAAGUCAACACGAGGUGUGCUCGCCGAAAUGAUACACUUUGUGGGACAGCUGCAAUACUAUAUCCUUUUCGAGGUCAUUGAAUCUUCAUGGGGCGAGUUGCAGAAGCGAAUCCGGAAGGAAGAUUGCACACUGGACGACGUUAUCGAAGCACAUAGACGAUACCUCGAGGACAUUACCCAUAAAGGCCUUCUCGGGCCGAAACUCCGACAUCACCCUUCUGAUAAUAAGGAAAGGACGACAUAUCUCGAUCAGCUGAGUGAGAUUCUCCGGUUCAUGCUACAUUAUCGCGACACCAUCGUCGGACUAUAUUCGUGGACCAGUGCAGAGUAUACUCGGCGACAGGAAGCCGAGCUGAGAAACAUAACACGCCGUGACGAUGAUGGAGGUCUCGCAUCUUCUGAUGACGUACCAUCCGAAUUUCCCGCCUUGCAGGAACGCCUACGACAGCUCGGGACUUCAUUCCGCACCAGGCUACAGAUCUUACUGGGGGACUUGGCAUACCAGCCAGACGUCGACAUGAGGUUCUUGGGUGUUGCCAUGAAUUUCAACGACGUGUACCAGCCCGCGAGGAGGAAGUCCAAGACGGCUUCAACAGCGUCGGCGGCAGCAGCGGCAGCAGCUUCGACAAACACGGCCAAGCCUUGA